AUGGGACAGUUCAUAGCAAACACCAACCUCGCUGCAGAGCCUGGGUCCUAUGGCCUCCGUCUGUGUCUGGAAGAACCAAAUGUAAACUGGCUGUUUUUGGACGGACCCAUCAUCCGCCUCAACACCUCCCACUCCAGAGUCCUGGACAGAGAGGUCCAAGGUCCUCUACUGAUUGCACAGCUCAUCUGCCAUGAUAAUGUUGUACACAAACACUACAGCAUCCAGAUUGAGAUUCUGAAUGAAAAUGACAACAAACCAAAAUUCUCACCAGAAUCCGCAAAAGCCCUCACCAUCAGCGAGCUUACUGCGGUGAACACUAUUGUUUUCUCUGUGAACGCAAUUGACGCUGAUGGAGAUCUGAUUCGAUACUCUAUUGACCCAGCAACACUAGACUCCUCCUUCUUUAGGAUUGAUCAACAAAACAGUGGAAAUGUAGUUCUGAGCAAACCGCUGGACUAUGAAGCCAAAACAAGCCUGAAACUGUUGAUCUGGGCCACGGAAACCAAUACAGCAGAAAUGUUCAAUACCUCCACUGAUUUGACAAUUAGUAUCCAGGAUGAAGACGACCAGAAUCCUCACUUUCUGCCCUGUGUGCCGCUGUGGCCAGAUCUCCCAGUCUGCACCAACCCCUCCUACAGCGCCAAUGUCACUGAGAAAGAGAAAAACAUUGCAUUGGACUUUUCCCCUGGUCCGAUAAAGGCUGAAGAUGGAGACCGAGGACUGGACACUGCCCUAAACUACAGCAUCCUGUCAGGCAGCGACCAGGACAGAUUUGUGAUCAACAACACCACAGGUCAGAUCACAUUAACUCGAGCUGUGGAUGACCGGCGCCAGACUCCAUUCUUCAGACUCAGCAUCAUGGCCUCGCAGCUCGACGACCCUUUAAAACACAGCAUUGCAACAGUGCUGGUCAGAGUCCUGGUGGAAAACAAGUUUCCCCCUGUUUUUAACCAAUCGACAUAUAAAGGAUUUGUGAUUCAAAGUGCGAGCCCUGCUACCAUUGUCUCGACUUAUGGGAACAUGGUGUUGCAGAUACAGGUGUCGGACCAGGACUUUCCCCAUGGGCUGAACCCAAAUAUGCAAUACUCCCUCUUCAGCCCAUCAGUCACGGAGGGUCUGUAUCAUAUCACACGAGGGGGAGUGCUCAUCGCCAGAACAGACAACCUGGUGGCCUUUGAUAGACACGUCAUACAGGUAAUUGCCAGAGAUGAAGAAUCAGGAGAGGAAGUGUCGGCUUCAGCGGACAUUGAAGUCCUGCAGAGAGGACAAGCCAUUCCCCGUGGGCCGUUCACAGAGGAGCAGUUUGUGCGAAAUAUUGAGACCCAUCUAACUUCAAUUAUAUCAGCUUCCAUCUUACUGCUCCUACUCAUAGCUGCACUGUUUCUGCUGUUACGACUCAUCAGACGAAAGCACAGCAGAAAACAUCUGGAAAGACAAAGAGACGCUAAAGCCGAGCAGCCUACAGAGUCCAGGUCCAGACUGAGUAUGAGCGCCCUUCAGCCCAGACGAGUGCGGCUCAAGCCCUGGCUCCUGACGCAGGUGAGCAGCGGCAGAUACCCGGGUCUGCAGUGGCUCUGCACGGACCGCCGCCUCUUUCAGAUCCCGUGGAAACAUGCAACACGACACCUGCCCUCAUCAGAAGAGGAAAACACCAUUUUCAAGGCAUGGGCUCUUGAAACCGGCAAAUACCAAGAAGGUGUAGAUGAGCCUGAUCCGGCAAAGUGGAAAGCAAAUCUUCGUUGUGCACUCAACAAGAGCCGUGAAUUUCAGUUGAAAUACGAUGGGACCAAAGAGACCCCAGUUCAACCAUUCAAAAUAUACGAAGUGUGCGACACCAUGGGCUGUUCAGAUUUUGGUGAUGAUAAUGAAGAGGAAGAGAUGCCAAAUUUAAUGGACCUUAGUAUCAAUCCACGUCUCAGUGACCCACAUUCCUACAGCACCUUCUCAGUUCGCACUGAAGUAAAUCCCUUCAGCCAAUCGUCCGAGAAUUUACCACAAAUAAUAUCCAUGCCCCUAUUACAAGACGCAAUGCAUCCCACCCCACCUGUGCCCUGCAGCCUUCCGCAGGAGAAUUUCCAGGCAUCUGGUCACAUAGUGGACCAGCAGUCUUUUGUGGGCCUCCCAGACCUGAACUCCCUGUCUGGUUCAAUAAUGGAAACCAACACUGUGGGAGUGGUCCACACAGAGAAUGAUUCUCAAUCACAAAAUUGCAAAUAUGACCUGCUCAACAGUGUCCCAUUAACAGACCUUGACUUGAAGUUCCUGUACCGUGGCCGCACCACAGGCUCAUUGACUGUGAGUAACCCUCAGGGCUGUCGUCUGUACUCGGGGCACCUGGAGCCCACCCCAGAGCAGGUGGAUCUGUUUGGCCCGGUCAAUCUGCAGCAGGUGCAGUUUCCUGCCACAGAGUUGAUCCAGAACCAGAAGCAGCGUUUUUACACUACAGCCCUCUUGGAUGUUAUGGACCGUGGCCUUAUACUCGAAAUCUGGCAACAGGACAUUUAUGCCAUCCGCCUGUGCCAAUGUAAAGUAUUCUGGUCCAGUCCAGGAGUCCCUGAACGGGCGGCACCGAAUCCAAUGGAGCGAGAGAAGAAGAUCAAAGUCUUCAGCCUCAAUGACUUUUUGCAGGGACUGAUUACAUUUCAGAAAGGUGAAGCGGAAAACCCUCCACCAUUCGAAAUCACAUUCUGUUUUGGAGAGGACUGGCCUGACAGAAAGCCUAAAGAAAAGAAGCUCAUUAUUGUCCAGGUUGUACCUGUAGUGGCCCGCAUCCUGACAGAGAUGUUCUCUGGAGAGCUGAGUUGGUCUACAGAUAGCAUUCGACUCCAGAUCUCGAACCCGGAUGUGAAGGACCAGACGGUGCAGCAGUUCAAGGAGCUGCAGAGACUCCUGCAGAGCCAGCACAGCCACAGCCCAUGGGCCCCCGCUGGCCCCUGA